AUGGCUCAGCCGGCAGCAAACUACUAUUCAGGCAGCUUCCUCAACCGGGUCAGUUGGCUGCGACAGGACACAAAGUACAUCGAAAAGAGCCUAAAGUCAGAGCGAGCCAAGAUCAUUCUGCUCAAUCAUUUCGACCCGCUCGUCGUUGCGCAGACAGGAGGAGAUGCGCAAGGACUCGCCUUACUCGCUUGGGAUAAUAUAAAAGCUCAUCUGCCCGAGCCGGCCUUUCUGAAUGACAAGGAACUCGGCUCGUUCACCGUCGAUGAACAGGACAAAAAGCCAUUGAUCGUCUUUCUCGGCAUCGACGAGCGAGCCAGAGCCUCUAAACAAGACGCCUUGCCCACGAGUACUCAUCCCGAUGGACCGGCCUAUUUCGCAUUGGAAAGCACGCUCUUGCCGGAUCUGAACGAAUCGACUCUUCAGCGCUUCAAGGACCGAGAUCCUCAAUACCUGCAUAUGCGCGCAGGAAGUGCUGUCCUAUCGAUGCACGACGUGGCGAUAGCCGGUCAAGCUAGAGCACUGAUGGAAUGGCAUCGCCGCAAUCGAUUCUGUCCCUCGUGCGGUCGAGCGACUGCACCUGUCUGGGCAGGCUACAAGCGAACUUGCCCACCGCCUGCGCCGGCCACAGACGAGAAAAAGCCACCCUGUACGACAUCGAGAGGCGCGCAUGCAUCCCAAUACCCUAGAACAGACCCAGUGACAAUCAUGGCAAUCGUACACCCGACCGAGAACAAAGUGCUAUUAGGCAAACAAGCCAGCUGGCCAAAGGGCUUUUACUCCUGUCUUGCUGGCUUUCUCGAGCCUGGCGAGUCGCUCGAAGAAAGUGUGAAGCGUGAAGUGCACGAAGAGAGCGGACUGCGCAUAAAAGAUGUGAGAUACCACUCGAGUCAACCCUGGCCGUAUCCUGGCAGCUUGAUGUUGGGAGCCAUCUGCGUGGCCGAAGAGGGCUCACAGAUCCGGACCGAUCUAGACAACGAGCUCGAGGAUGCACGAUGGGUUGACGUCAGCGAUGUCAGAGCCGCGCUAGGCUCGAAGCGGUCAGCACUCAGCAGACACGAAGUAGACAAAAUGGACUCAGCAGGGCAAGCCAAAGUACUUGGCCACGGAGAAGACGCACAGCAGCAGUCGGACAAACCAACGAUUCGAUUGCCACCCAAGACGGCCAUCGCUCAUGUCUUGCUGGCAGCAAUAGCGAAUGGCGAAGUAUCGAUGGGUGGCGUGCAAGCCGAUACGACGCUCAAAGGUAACCUGUGA